ACGCUCAGCGUGAGAGCCACGCAGCGAUUCGCCGACGCCCCCGCCGAAAAGAAAGAAAGACAGAAAGAGAGGGGGAGAGUGGCGAGUGAAAGAGAGAGGGCGAGCGAGGAGCCAGCAAUUAGACGCCUUUAGAAGCCCCAUAAUGCUAAUGGCGUUGACAGUGCUCAUCAUCCUCGCAGCGCGGCCACCGCAAUCGCAAUCGUUUCGUUACCGGGCACCGCUGAUAACCGUUAACCGUUAACCGCCGCCUUGCGACCGAGUCAAUCAUCAAUCGUACAUCGUCCACCGGCCGUCGUCAAUCGCCGCCGUCAAUCGUCCAUCGAAGCGGUACGGUCACGCUCCAAUCGCCGCGUUGCCGCCGCUCCAGUUAUCCAGUUGAUCAAUGUCACGCCGACGGAUGCCAACCGCUGGAGCAUCGCAGAUACAGAUACAGAUACAACAACCGCAUAGCAUAGCCGUGGCCUAUGGCUAUCUGAUCUGAAAAACAGUGCGUGUGUGCCUAUCUGAUACCCAGUAACCAGUAACAAACAACCGACCAAGCCCAGUCAAAUCCAAGCAGAUUAGAAAACGGAAACAAAGGUUUUUUGGAGUGCUCAUAGCCCACUUUAACUAAUAGUUCGAGUUUGAGAAGUUGGACAGUGUUUUGUUUGUUGGUUCCAUCGACUAAACCCCUACCAAAUGGUCACCUGCGGCCGGCAAACGUUCAACAUGCUGCCCAUGGCGCCGACGAGUCCUUUCGUGAGCAGCAGCUCCUCGGCGGCCGCGUCCUCGACUUCCGUUUCCGCCAGCACGGCCAGCGCUUCCGCCUCCGCGGGCAGCAAGCCCAAGCUGGCCUUCAGCAUCGACUCGAUUGUGGGCGAGUCCUCGACGAGAUCGGCUCCCCUGAGGGUCAGUGUGAUAUCCUCGCCGGCGCCGCGCAGCGAGAGUCCCGCCUCGCCGACAAACACCAACAACAGUGGCCGGCGGACGCCCAGGGGAUACAUCUACUGCCGCAGGCGGGAUUCCCUGGACAGAUCGCGCAGUCCACAGAGAUCGCCGGUCAGCCGUUCGCCAACGCCUCCAAAUGGAAAUCCUCCUGCAAAAUCAGGGGAUCCCCCGCCAGCGGGAGCGGGCAAUCCGCCCAAUCCAACCCUCAUCCGUCCGAUGCCCUUGCCGGCGCCGAAUCUAGCUUUAAUCCAGAACCGCACCUCGCCGAACCCCCUGGCGGUGCGCAUGGCGGGUCCGCCUCACCCGCCGCCGCCCCCCUUCCUCGCCGCCCAGUUCCAAAUGGCUGCCGCCCUGGCCCACCAUCACCAGCAGCAGCAGCAGCAGCAACAGCAGCAGCAACUUCCGCCCGUGCCAACUGGACCGCCACAUGGUCCGCAUCCGCAUCUGCCGCCCGGCCAAAUGCCAAUGGGGAUCUUCCCGGGCGGCCCGCAUCCGGGACAUCCUCCGCCCCACGGCCACCACCCCUUCGGGAGUGCUCCGCACCUGAUUCGCGACAGCUAUCCGCUGUACCCGUGGCUGCUCAGUCGACACGGCCGCAUCUUUCCACGCUUUCCAGGCAAUUUCCUGUUCCAGCCAUUCCGCAAGCCGAAGCGCGUUCGCACCGCCUUCUCGCCGACGCAGCUGCUCAAACUGGAGCACGCCUUCGAGGGGAACCACUACGUGGUGGGGGCGGAGCGCAAGCAGUUGGCCCAGGGACUCAGCCUGACCGAAACCCAGGUGAAAGUGUGGUUCCAGAACCGCCGCACCAAGCACAAGCGGAUGCAGCAGGAGGGCGGCGACGGGAGCGACACCAAGAGCAACAAGGGCAGCUCCUCCGGGGGCGGAGGAGGUGGCGAUGGCGAGGACGAUGGCAAGCACGACGGAUCGCAGCACAGCUACGAGGAUGCAGAGGAUCCCGAGGAGGACGAGGAGAUCGAGGAGGACGACGAGGACGAGGUGAUCGAUAUGGAUGACUAUGGCAGCGAAAUGGAUGCAGAGGAGCACCAACGACUGAGGGAGCAGUUCCAGCAGCAAUUGGCUCAGCACCAGCAGCAGUUCCUCCAGCAGAAUCCUUCGGAUGCGGCGGCCACCUUGAGUCCCCAGCAGCAGCAUCAGUUGCUGCAGCAGCACCAGCAACAUCUGCAGCAGCAACACCAGCAGCAGCAGCAACACUUCCUCCAGCAGCAGCAACUCUAUCUGCGGGAAAGGGAGCGGGAGCGGGAAAAGUCCCGGGAAAGGGAAAGGGAGCGGGAAAAGUAGUGACCCAUAGUUGCUAAACUCGGCUUACUCGGCUAUUUUGUGUUCCUUUAAUUUCCUGUAAAUUAUUUGUCAACUGUAUAGCUUAAUUUAAAUUGUUUACUACUUAAAAUACAAAUAACAAAGCCAAUAAAUAAAAGAAGGAAAUCAU